AUGGGGCUCCUCAACCUUAUUCUCAAGGCGACCGUCCUGGUCCUCGAUCUGCGCGAUACAUACGACGCUCUCGAUUCGCCCAAGAUCGAUGAAAUCGGACGCAACGAGCGGCAGGUGCUCGUACGCAACGCCGAGGAUGGCACCAAGCAGCUGACCAUGCGCAAGCGCGUAGGCACCACCAAGCGAAAGGCGGCCGUCAAGUCGGCACUCACCACCGUGCUAGUCUGGAACCUCUUUCACAAGGUCGAGCCCAUAUGCGAUCGCACCAUCGCCUGGUUCGUGCCAUUCUACGACUCGCUCAAGACGCUCUUGCUAAUCUGGAUGCUCUUCACGAGAAGCUACGGCGCUUCCAUCCUGGUCUAUCGCCUACUGGCUCCCGUCGUUCGCCCAUACGAGCCUAUUAUCGACAGCAUCUUUGGACUCUCGCUCUCGCUUCUGGCCUGGUUCGCAACACUCCUGGCUCCGCUCACCAACCAUUGCUCAAGGUUACUACAACGUGUAAGGGCUUUGGUAGGACAAGCUGCACAGCCUCAGCGGGAGCCAUCGAUGCCAGUCAAUGCCAUCAACAAGCAUCCACGACGACAGGUCCCUGGUACAUCAAUACGAGAGCAAGCCAAGAAGAAACCUCCUCCACCAUCCGUUCCGCCUGCCUCGGUCAAGUCCUCUCCGUCCUCGGCAGGCUCUUCGCUGAGACACAAUGGCUCACGACCGCAAUCACGAGCCGGCCCAACAAAAACGUCCCGAACUCUUUCGGAGAAAGCAUCACAGAACAGUCUCUCAGCCACACAUCGGGUCCUUCAGGAGCUUCCAGUGCCUAGGCAUGACUUCGAGUCGAGCGCACCUGCCGCGAGCACAUCGACCUCAGCUUUGGCUUCGACGUCGGACACGGCUCCUCCCAAGGGCAAGCUAACCAGCGUCAAGACGGAGCCAGCCGAGUCUAGCGUUGCUGUCCCUGCUGCGCCUCUGGGUCCGCCGCCGACACCGCCGACUGGCCUCCACAAUUACGCAUUCAUUCCGGGACUGACACCGCAACGCUCGGGGCCAGCCUCGCUGGUCUCGCCGACGCCUCGCUUUCCAGGUGGCUUCGCCUUUUCCUUCGCUGCUCCUCACGUUUCUGGGUCCAAUGGUGCUCACGCUGUCCCUGGGCAGGCCCGACUACCCGCUACAACCCUGAUGGCGCCGCUGUCCAUCUCUUCCUUGCAACCCGCGGCGCCUGCGAGUCGAUCCAAUCUACUUGGCCUGCCUGGUAGUUCCGCAAGCAGCAUAUCGACUCAUGAGAGCGUUGAUUCGGCGCAGGAUGACCGAAUUGUCCCUCCACCUAUCGGACACGCCGGUAUUCGCAAAAAGCCGUCCUCGCGAUCCCUCAAUGGUAAGGCGGCCGGUGGCCCUGGUCUGAAUGCAAGCAGAACGGCACCGACUUUGAAUUCCAAGAAACGAGUUCGUUCCGACGAAAAUCUGGACGGUCAAGAGGUCUCAGCAGGAGAGGCGCAAUCGAGAUCAGGCUCGCCCAGGAAGCGCGUUAAGUCUGUCGCCGGAAAAGGUACGACAAGCAGAGACGCAGUACACUCGGCCACCACCGAAGCUCGGACAAAGACGAAAGCAAACGGUACGAACGGAAGCAGCACGGCAACGGGAAAAUUUUCUGUCCAGCGUAAGAAAGCUGCGUCCAAAAGCACUUUGCAAAAGUCAGGGACGGACAAAGUAAAGGCGGCCUCCACCGGAUCAGAUCCUAGCACCAAAUUUGACGAGGCAGCGUCGUCCAUCGACACACCGACCUCGACGACCGAGAAGACGAAGAUCACAGCGACCAAGCGGAAAGCGACAACUGCGCAGAUGUCAACGCAGCGUUUUCUUGCAAGGAAGGCGCCAAGCUCGAUCAAGUCUCGUAGUCAGUCGGCGGAAGCAGCAGAAGCAUCCGAGCCUCCGCAGCGCCUUACUCGGAGUCGGACCCGACAGAAUUUGGCCGAGUAG